ACCACAGCUGGGUAGGCAGCAACCACGGCUGGGGCGACAGAACCCCGCUCAUGAAUUAGUCGGUAAGUGACGCGGUUUUACGACGCGUCUCUCCAACCUCGUCGCAUCCGAGUUUCGCCCCAACGAGAUCUCUGCCACGCUUGCUAUCGCAAAGCGUCCAACACGACCAUCAGAGUCGUAUCCUGUCCCCAGUGUCUUGACCGCCCCAGCCUGUACCUUGUCGUCACGAACAAAAUGGCCGACGAAGCCCGCCGCCAGAUAACGCGGGGCGCCAUCCGUGCCAUCUUCAACGAUCCCGAUGAAGCCAAUGAGCGUUUCCCAGUGCCUGUCCUCCAAUGUCUUCAGAUCAAGCUUCUCGAGAACAAGCAGGCGAACCCCGAUGCCCCCUUCCCCGAGCGGUAUCGCGUAGUCCUCAGCGACAUGGACAACUAUAUCCAGUGCAUGCUGUCUACCCAAGCGAAUCACAUCAUCCAUGACAACCUCCUGUACAAGGGCAGCAUCGUGCGAGUGCGUUCCUACUCGGCCAGCCAGCUCAAGGGCAGAAGCAUUCUUGUGCUGCUCGAUCUCGAGGUCAUCGAGUCUCUCGGUAUCUACGAGAAGCUUGGGGAGCCUACCAGUAUCGAGGCCAAAGGGGAGCCGGCCACCAGCACCACCAUCGGAGGAACCGGCUUCUACGGCGCCAAGCAGGAGCCCGAGAUGGAGCCCGAGAUGGAGCCCGAGCCCAAGCCCCAAGUACGCAACCAGAUGCCGUCCCGGGCAGCUGGCAGCGGGGCAGGCGGCGGGGGCGGCGGGGGCGGCGGUCCGGCUAGCAACCCCAACGCUGUCAUCUACCCCAUAGAGUCGCUCUCUCCCUACCAGCAUAAGUGGACCAUCAAGGCCCGCGUCUCGAGCAAAUCCGACAUCCGGACGUGGCACAAGCCCAGCGGCGAGGGCAAGCUGUUCAGCGUUAACCUGCUAGACGAGACGGGCGAGAUCAAGGCGACCGGUUUCAACAACGAGUGCGAAAAGUUCUACGACCUUCUGGAGGAGAACCAGGUCUACUACAUCUCGAGCCCUUGUCGGGUCCAGAUGGCCAAAAAACAGUUCACGAACCUGCCAAACGACUACGAAAUGACCUUCGAGGAUGGAACCCAAAUCGAAAAGGCCGAGGAUCAAAGCAAUGUUCCCCAGGUCCGCUUCAACUUCUGCAAUAUCCAGGAGCUGCAGGAGGUCGAAAAGGACGCGACGGUCGAUCUCAUCGGUGUCCUCAAGGAGGCCGCUGACAUCACCCAGAUCGUGUCCAAGAACAGCGGCAAGAAUUUUGACAAGCGUGAGCUGACCCUCGUUGACGACUCGGGCUACUCGGUCCGCAUGACCAUCUGGGGCAAGACGGCACUGGGAUUUGAUGCCAAGCCCGAGUCCGUCAUCGCGUUCAAGGGCGCCAAGGUUGGCGAUUUUGGCGGCCGCUCGCUCUCGCUGCUGUCCUCGGGCACCAUGACCCUGGACCCGGACAUCCCCGAGGCGCACCGGCUCAAGGGCUGGUACGACUCGUCCGGUAGGGACAACAGCUUUGCCACGCACAACACGGGCAGCCUGGGAGCCGCCACAGGGCGCAAGGACGAGCUCAAAACUGUCUCGCAGGUCAAGGACGAGGGCUUGGGCAUGGAAACCGACACCUACUUCAAUCUGAAGGCCACCAUCGUUUUCAUCCGCCAAGAGAACUUCUGCUAUCCGGCUUGCAUGAGCGCUACCUGCAGCAAGAAGGUUGUGGAGGAUGGUGAGAACUGGCGCUGCGAGAAGUGCCAAAUUUCCCACCCGCGCCCCGAGUACCGGUACAUCAUGAGCGUCAAUGUCAACGACCACACGGGGCAGCUGUGGGUCAGCUGUUUCGAUGAUGUCGGUCGUAUCAUCAUGGGCAAGUCGGCAGACGAGCUGAUGGCGUUGAAGGAGGAGGACGAGGAGAGUUUCACGCGAGCGUUUGAGGCUGCCAACUGCCGAAGGCUGAGCUUCAGGUGUCGGGCAAAGAUGGACACCUUUGGCGAAGUGCAACGGGUGCGCUACCAGGUCAUGAGCGCCGCCCCCAUGGACUGGAAGGGAGAGGCCGCCAGGCUCACGGAGAUGAUCAAGCAAUUCGAAAUUUGAGGCGGCGAUGUGCUGUUGCACGUUGUCCAUCCUUCCUGUAUGUACCCUGUCGGGAUCUGGACCAGACUCUGCCGUCGGCAUCAUCUUUGUAUGCUGUUGGCGUGACGGGCAGCACGGGAUUGCUCCGUUGACCUGGGCGGGCUGCUUUACGCUUGUCAUAAUGGUACUAAUAGUAAAAGCGGCGAGUGCUCGAGAAGAAAAAAAGGUUGGCUGGGUCACGCAUGGAAUAUGACACGGAAGGAAACCGAUGAAGCACGAGGGCUUCACGUCUAUUACGAGGCUGGCUAGAUGCGGUGCGCACAUGACACAAAUGAGACCUCUUGAGCUCCACAGUCUAAACAUGGCGACCUCGGGCUACUAGCUCGGGCAAUCAAUGUAUCGCUUUGCUGUGCAGGCAUUGACGCGAAAAGAGAAAGAACAAGACACUGCCUCUAUGGACGCCACGUAAUCCCAUCCUGUAUUUAAGAGGCGGGCACAAUUAGGUCUCCACCUUGGACUGGCUAGAGUGCCGUGCCUUUUUAGCACUGUCGUCACCGUUGCCAUGACUGUGCAA